GGUUCACAGGCUGCAGACAUGUCGCUCUAUCUCUACUUCUUCCUCGCUGGAUGUUUCUGUUACAGCUCUAACGCGAUUCCUGAAGUGACUGUGAUGCAGAACAAAGUGGCUACACUUCCCUGUCCUUGUGGGAAGGGAAAUGUAACAUGGAGCCGCUUCAUAAAUGGUAAAAAGGUGACACUUGUCAAAAUCAAAAACGGCGUCGAGGAAAGAUUUGACAAGCGCUACGGUUCCCUGGCAGACAAUUCACUGGUAAUAAGAAAUGUUACGUCCUCUGAUAGUUUGAUGUAUUUGUGUAAUACAACAACAGUAUAUCUGAACGUGAUAACAGAUACCAACACGGUGGGUCCUAAUGCUGGAAAUGUAACAGACAGGCCAAGAAACCGCAGACUGGGUCCUGUCCUUGGACCAGACCAGAAGGGAAACGCUGAAGACGCAGAGAACCAACAACCCUCAGAUGUUUGGAAGAUACCAGUUGGUGUCGUGGUGGGUGUUGCGUUGGUGCUUUUGUUGAUCUUUACCCUGAAAUUCUGCUUCAAAAACAGAAUGGAGAAAACCACCAACUUGGAUGAAACUGUUCCUGAGGUGAUUUAUGAGGAGAUUAAAUGUGGAGAGGAGCAGCCAGCGAGGGAGUCUUAUUUUGAAAGUCCAUACUACUCGACAAGCAUCAGGGAAAUGGAAAGCACCUCCACACCACCUAAUAAUACCCUGUACAGCACUGUUAACAAGCUCACUACUAAAGGACGCAGCAGUGAGGAGUGCGUGUAUCACCUCGCCCAAAACCCACUAAAGACAGGAAAUGUGAGUGAAUAAGACGCUGCCAGUAUCAGUUCACACUUGGUAGUCUGAUAAUUAUAGAAAAUGGUCAUCACCUGGAUGAAAAAAAGCUCAGAAACUGCUGUAUUUUUGUAUUUCCCGUGCCAAGUUCUGGCUUCCUUUCACAGAAGAGAAAUAAAAAAAGCAGCCUGACUGGAAACAUUAAAACCCUGCCAAGUGAAAUGCAAUCGCCCAGGACUAAAGGGCUCGACUAUUAGUGAUAUUGGUGAGGUGAGGUGAAUGCGCAGAUCACAAAGACACACUGCUGCUGUCCAGAGCAGCUUCUUUCCUAAGUUCUCCACCACAAAACCUUUUUUUUGUUUUGUUUAGUUACAUUUUCUUGUGGUGUUUUGUUAAGUGUGGAUGUUGUGUAGAGUUAACCGAGCAUAAAUUCCUUAAUUUCACUUUUUUUCAUCUGUGAAAACAGGUCGGAAAAAAAAAGUUGGUGAAUGGUACAUAUUGUGUGUUAACAAGUUAUGUACAUUUAAACUGAAGAAGACAUGAGUGCUUUUAGUGUUAUUUAGAACAUGGUGUAGUGAUGCACUUUGGCCUCUUGUAGCCACAAUUUGUGUUAUAACAUGAUGCAAUUAAUCCUGACAAAAGAAAUAACCUGCUACAAACC